UUUAGGUUGGAGGAUGUUUUAAGCAUCAACUGACAGCAUGCCAAUGAGAAGAACAAUAAAAAAUGUCGUUAACAAUUACUCGGACGCCCAGGUUAAAGUCCGAGAAGCAACUAGCAAUGAUCCUUGGGGACCUUCAAGUACACUUAUGUCCGAAAUUGCGGACUUGACUUACAAUGUAGUGGCAUUUACUGAGAUCAUGCAAAUGAUCUGGAAGAGACUUAACGAUCAUGGAAAAAAUUGGAGGCAUGUUUAUAAAUCACUAAUGUUAUUGGAGUAUAUAAUAAAAACGGGUAGUGAAAAAGUUGCCCAACAGUGUAAGGAAAAUAUAUUUGCUGUACAAACUCUAAAAGAUUUUCAAUAUGUUGAAGAAAACAAGGAUCAAGGGAUUAAUGUGAGAGAGAAGGCUAAAAUGUUGGUGAAUUUAUUAAAAGAUGAUGAACGGUUGCGGAAUGAAAGGACAAAGGCGUUGAAGGCCAAAGAGAGAUUUGCACAGACCUCAGUAGGCAUUGGAAGCACUACUCCACCGGGAGAUAGAUUGAGACAUGACAGAUCGGGGAGCCCUGCCAAGCAUUCCGGGGGUUACACUGACACAUACGGUACCCCACCCCGGUCAGAGAGUGCUCACAGUGCACUCUCCCAUGAAAUAGAAUCUGCAAGACCAAGUACAACAGGCGAGGAAGAAUUACAACUGCAGUUAGCACUGGCUAUGAGCAAAGAGGAACAUGAUGAGGAAGUGAAAAAGAAACGUCAAGAUGAUGUGAAACUACAGAUGGCGAUAGAAGAAAGUGCACGCUCCAAAGAUGAUGAGUGGGUGCCAGGAGCAGGUGCUAGGCCACAGCAGGCUCCCUCUGGUGUACUAGAUGUGAUAGGGGCAACAACCCAGGCUAGCUCCUCUGAUCCCUGGGGAUCACCUCUAGCCCCUCCUCCUGGGUCACAUAAACACCAACAACCAGCGCCUCCCCCUCAGGCUGCAGCACAAUCCCCUAAGGCCUCUGCUGAUCCCUGGGGUGAUGCCUCGGGUGACACCCUAGCUGACCCAUGGGCAGCACCAGCCCCUACCGCUGCCCCCGUAGAUCCAUUCUCGUCCCCAGUGAUACCACCACUGGAUUCAAGACAAGCUGCACCUGUGGACCCAUUUGCAACCCCUGGAGCCCAACCCCCCAGUACAAAUAGUCCCUGGGAGGCCCCAGCCUCAGUCCCCACUGCAAGCUCUAAAAAUACUGCAUUUGGCGAUCCCUUUGCUCCUGCCCCUGCAGCACAAAAUGGAAAUGGCUCGAUUGAUGACGCAUUUGAUCUAUUGAGUGUGCGUUCCUCAACAGAGGUUGCUAAUGUGACGUCAACUUCCAGCACCAGUAGCCCUCUUAUGACAGGCAUGCAACAUAACAAUCUAGGUGGAAUUGAUGGUCAGAAGAUGUCAAAGAGCCCAGAAGGCUUCCUUGGACCUAAUGCUAACCUAGUGAACUUGGACAAUUUAGUUUCUAAGCCUGCACCAGCCCCAGCGAGUACAAUGAACCCAUUUGAUAUGAUGAACCCACAGCCUGCACACCAAUCAAACCCUUUCCAAGUAGCAGCCCAGCAACAAAGGGUUCCAUUGAACCAACUACAGAGUCAGCAGAAUGUCGGCUUUACCCAGCAGCAGUCAAUCCUCCCUACGCCUCUUUUACCCAUGUCACAACAGCAGACUGUACCCAUGAUGCAGGAGCCAGCAAGCAACAAUCCAUUUCUGUGACGUAGCCCCAGUAGUAUGGUAUAUAUGUAGACAUAUAUUGUGCUAGGGAAUGGGACCAGAAUUAGCCAGGAAUUUAGCAUAAAGCAGACAGAAAUUCAGUAUUGUGGGAGGAAAUACAGCAUGUCAUUGAAAUUAAGCAUGAAUUAGCUUAUUGGUGAGGACAUGUUCUUUUGAGUUGAAACAUGAAAUGUUCAUAGUUACUUUUAUUUUACAUAAAAAUGUAAAUUGUAAUAAAAUUCCAUGACAAGAGAAUUGAUAUUCAAAGAAGAAGCGAAAAAAUUGAAAAUAUUAAGAACUAGAAAAAGCAUAUGAAACCAGCAUAAGUGAACUCUCCUGGGACAAAUAAAAUGGUCAAAUUGAGAGGUGUUCCCAGAUGGAGUCAUGAAACACAG